GUUUUCACCGGCAAUAUUUUUAUAUCUGACUUGCACAGUACCAUCACUAUGGCUACUAGAAAUUCAUCAUGGGACUCAGUACUGCGGUAAUGAGCCCGGAGCAGUUCAGGUGAAUGUCAGCAACCACGACUUCAAUCAAUCCAGAGACAGCAGUCAUGGAAGUGAGGGAACAGAUCACCACAUCAUUCAGACGGCUAAAGUCUUUGUGAAUCAGCUCUCCACAAUCUGUGAGACUGUAUGGACACUGGCACUCCACCAGACUUUUCUGCUGUUACUAGUAGUUGGGAGAUGGCUUCUCCCCAUUGGAGUUGAAAUCACUCGGGACCAAUUGUCUCAGCUGCUCCUCAUGUUUGUGGGAACAGCAGCAGAUAUACUUGAAUUUGCUAGUGAAACUUUGGACAUUGAAGAUGUUCGGAAGAAUUAUGCUCUCAUAAAUGCAAUUCUUGCUGUAUGGACCUGGAGUAUGCUACAGUUUCCACUUGAUCUUGCAGUACAGCAUAUUGGCUGCAAACCAACUGCAUCACCUAGGCGGAUCCCCAGCCUGCUGCUGUGCAGGUACAGUGCAGAACUAUGGAACAUCGGGGUCAGCCUUUUCAUACAGGAUGGUCCCUUCUUCAUUGUGCGUUCAAUCCUGAUGGGCCACUUCAGAAUAUUCAAUCAGAUGUUGGUGUUUUUUACAGCUAAAAAUAUCUUAGUUGUGACUCUACAAUUGUAUCGUUUGGCAGUGAUAACGUUAGACUUCCGUGCUACUGUUCUGCAGAAGAGCAGAAAAGGAGAAGUCAGCUGUUGCCCCUGUGAGCCUUAUGAAGCUAGUACUCAUGCUACCGCUGACCAAGAUACUGUAAUGAAAGAGUUUGUUGCUUUUUCUCCAAAAGAGGAAUCCCAAGCUCCAUCAGGAGAUCAGUGA